AUGAUUUGGAAAUUUCGAUCUCACAAAUCCAACGGCCGAGCCGAGCUAAUAAUUGAUGGUGAAAAGUAUAAAAACCCCCACGGUUUUUAUCAAAUAAAUGCGAAUAAUAAUAUCGAUAUCAUGAUAUCAAAUAGAAAAAUCGAUAUUGUUAAUUCCCCAAACAACAAAAAAAAAUCACGUGGUUUUAAAGCCGAGAUUUAUGAGAAACGAAGAAAAAGAAUUUUGUUGAAUUGUUUUUCAAAACACUCGAAUCUUGAUACUUUGAAUAGGAUCGCACAUAUGCCUCUGCAAACUCAAAAUGUGACCAACUUCGGGGCCCAGUUGUUCCUAGGAGACAACGCAUUUACCUCUCCACAGGAUACUACCAGGCAAAUCGAUGAAUUGACAAAAUCUGAAAAUGGCAAAAAUCGUUAA